CGUUCUUAAAAAAAAGGAAAAUUUCUAUUAAAAAAUCUAUCAUGAUUUCCCGAAAUUUGUAUUCCUAAAUGAGCAACAUGGUUAGAAAGAAGGUUAGACAAUAGCAUUAUCGAUUGAAAAAAUUGCAAUAGUUGUGAUACAUACUUGUUAAUAUUUAACGGGUAACCAGUUGAUUGUUGCCUACGGAGAAAAUUUGUGUGCGUGAGGCCUUUUUUCGUGUCAACGGAUGCCUGAAACCCUUGAACUCCAAAAUUUAUCGACAACAGUUAUGUCUGACAGACAAAAAUUACAUAGCACAACGACGACAACGAGGCCUCCGUAUUUCGGUGUGCUACUUGCGACACUUUCGUCACUUUUUUUCUCGCUCUGUUCGGUUAUUGUGAAGAGUUUGACUGACAUCAAUCCCAUUGAGUUGGCAAUGUUUCGAUUUAUCGGUCUGCUUCCGGCAAUUCCGAUCGUUUUGUACAAGCAAGAAGAGGUUUUUCCGAAUGGAAAGCGGAUUUUGCUGCUUUUGAGGAGUUUUGUCGGAGCAACGAGCCUCAUUUGUAGCUUUUAUGCGUUUCGUCAGAUGGAAUUGGGAGACGCUUCAACGAUUUUGUUCUCAACGCCCGUUUUUGUCGGGAUUUUUGCGAAAGUUUUCCUCAAAGAACCAUGCGGAUACUUCCAUAUAGGAACCAUAGCACUCACAAUUUUAGGAAUAAUUUUCAUAACGAUGCCAAAAACGCUGUUUGGAGAUGCGGAAGUUACUGUGCCGGAACAAUUGCCAUCUCUGACGACCCAAAAUAGCGGAUUGAAAUACAUGUUUGGACCAAUAACGGCAUUUUGUGGCACUUUGUUUGCUGCAAAUGCGUAUGUGCUGUUGAGGGCACUGAAAGGCCUUCAUUACUCUGUGAUUAUGACAAAUUUUGGAUUGUUUUCCAUUUGUUACACGCUCAUUGUUAGUUGUUACUUUGGAUUUUGCAUGCCAAAGUGCGGAACAGAUCGCCUUCUCAUUCUGUUACUCGCGAUUUUUAGUUUUGCAGGCCAAAUUUUACUUACCUUAGCGCUACAAGUCGAACAAGCAGGACCCGUAUCGAUUGCGAGAUCAUCUGACAUUGUGUUUGCCUUUAUUUGGCAAAUUUGUUUCUUUCACGAAAUGCCGACGGUGCAUUCGCUGAUAGGAGCGUUGCUUGUAAGCACAGCCGUGAUAUUGUCGGGACUGAGAAAAUACGUAAUGGCGUUGCCAGAUGGCUCAGAAACGAAAAGACGCUUCAAAUUUCUCACUAUUGAGUGAAUACUAUUCUAUAACUUUGGGCGAAAAUGUGAUCAAAAAUGUUUUUAAAUUGGAUUUUUUAAUUUUU